GGAGAGGGCCAACAAAGGAAGAAACCAGGCAUUCCAGCACGAUGAGUGCCAAAAAAAGCAACCAGAAAAGCCGACAGGACGCUGGCAGGCAGCACGCAUUCCUACUCCAGCAUUGACUGACAGUUUUCGCCACUGCACACUCACGAGCUAAGAAUCUCGCCGACAUCAAGGCCACUCACGAGCUCGCGCUCGCUCUCGAUACUCUCCCCCGACAUCAAGAAACCGCCGGAAUCGCCCCUCCACCACCUUUCCUUGCUCCCUCCUUCCCGAUCUUGCCAAGAAUCCGAGAUCCGCCUGCGGCGGCGAGCGGCCCUGUCCUGAAUCGAUGGCGUCGCUGGCGCCCGGAGGGAAGGGGGAGGGGGACGGCGGCGGCAAGGCGGAGUGGCUGAUCUACGCCUUCGUGGCGCGGGGCACGGCGGUGCUGGCGGAGUACACCGAGUUCACCGGCAACUUCCCCGCUAUCGCCGCGCAGUGCCUGCAGCGGCUACCCGCUGGCUCCUCCGCCAGCGCCGGCAGCGGCGGCGCGCCGGCUCGGUUCAGCUACGCUUGCGAUCGGCACACGUUCAACUUCCUUCUCCACCGCGGCUACGCCUAUUGUGUAGUUGCGAAGGAAUCUGUUCCAAAGAAUGUCUCGGUGGCCUUUCUUGAGAGGUUAAAAGAUGACUUCAUGAAGAGAUAUGGAGGCGGUAAAGCUGAUACAGCUAUUGCAAAAAGUCUAAAUAAAGAAUAUGGACCAAUUAUAAAGCAGCACAUUCAGUAUGUUCUUGAUCAUUCAGAGGAACUAGACAAAACUUUGAAAGUGCAAGCCCAAGUUUCAGAAGUUAAAAAUAUCAUGUUAAACAAUAUAGAAAAGACAUUGGAUCGUGGAGAAAAGUUGAGUGAACUCCAAGACAAAACUUCUGAUCUUCAUAGUCAGGCUCAGGAGUUCAAGAAACAAGGGGUGAAAAUUCGUAGGAAGACUUGGUUGCAGAACAUGAAAAUUAAGUUGGUGGUUCUUGGAAUCCUUUUGCUUCUUGUACUUAUUGUCUGGGUGUCCGUUUGUCAAGGGUUUGACUGCACGAAGCAUGAAACAUAGUAAGAUUGAUACAUCACUACUGCAGUGGUAGCUAGGAGUCGAGAUGAACGUGAAUUGUGCUGAUAAAAUCAAGUGUACUGGCAUACGCUCGUCGCUCUAGUUUGGUUUCAUGAAACAUCUACUGCUAUAUGAGGUGUAUUCAGAAUGUGUGCCCAGCCUGAUAUGAAGUGAUUGGUUUCUUGUGUAUCUAGUCAAAAAAUGUAUUCCUUCUUUCCUCUUUGCUGAAUAUAACAUAUAUAGAGUAAACUAAGAGUUGUAUGUAAGCCCAAUUGUGGCACUGCGGUCAAUGAUGACUAUCAUUCAGUAAUA